AUGUGGCGGGACGGCGGUAUGUCCGCGUGCGGCGCGUGUGUCGUCUGCUGCUCGACUGCCGAGCUUUCGGCCCCACGGCGGCGGGAUCGGGAGCUUUCGGCUUCGGCCGUCAGAGGUCUCUCAGGGCGAACGGAGUGGCGCGAGUGUGUACAAGCUCGGGCGUCUACGGAAAACGCAAUGGACGCUUCGUUGUGGUCCGACUUUGGCUGGGGGGUAGCGCGUGGACGCCGCGCUGUAUCUCGUGGGAUACCGGAACGGGAAUCGAAA